UGUGGAUUGGAGACACUAUUCGCAGGGAUAAUCAAUACCUAUUGAAGCUGACAAUGCUCUGCUUGAGUAACAUGCGCAAGUCAGAGCUAGUCGUUCUUAAGUCGUGGCCAGAAGCGAUAUUCGUUAGCUACCUUGAAUGUGAAACUGAAUUGUCGUAAUAUCCAAAAAUGUUAUAAUUGGAAAUGAACGUGGAAUUGUACUGACUAACAAAAGCAUUUACUGGAAACUGGCAGGACUUAUUCUUGGAGUUAUAUCUAAAGUUAAGAACAAACAUGGACUAGUAAUAAUUGACCGGAUCAUAUAGGACAUAGUUCUAAGAAGACAAUUUGUUUUGGUAACUCUUGAUAAUGAGUUUAAAUAAAGCUAACUUAAAAUAAAACCGGACCUUUACCAAAUGGCAGGAGCUUAUAGUGGCAUGCUUUUCAAAAGCCAGUUUGUUGAUAUGAGUUUAAAGCUGUAUACGUUAUUAUAUUUAUUAUGACGGAGGAUCUAGAAUGUUUUUAUCGCCGUCAAAAAUUCUUUACACUCAUCAAUAUGAUCCGGCAAUUCGAAUGUCAACAGAACAGACGUUUUCAGAAUUAACGAAGAAUUCUAUACACGGAUCUGUGUUUCCAAAACUUCAGGUUGUCAAAAAGGACGGUUUCUAUUUUACUCUGAACGAUGCAAAACUUCAGGUGUACAGACACUUAGAAAAGCUUGGUAAAUGUGGAAGUGUCGAGGUGGAAAAGGUGGCGCUUAAAGAAGUACCAGAAGGUAUCAGACAGCUCAUGAAAGCCCCCGAAAAAGUCAAACGGCGUAGAAGCGAGAAGUCAAGAACAAAAGAUGGCGGAAAGUAUACCAGUGUUUCCUCAUCUUCCACGAUAGAUAUUCCCGAUGCAGACUCACUUGUGCUGGCCUCGCGUGAUGACGUCAGUGAUGGUGACGAAACUUCCGGUGAAGAGAGUUCUGAUGAAGAUGAUACAGAUUCGGACUCUUCAGAUUGGAGUGAUGAAGACGUCUCAGACACGGACAUACAGACAGAUGAAGAUGAAAGGUCAAGAUUGCAACCACAGGAUUACUCCGCAGCUAACAACGACGAAAAUGAAAGUUUCAUUUGACCAUUAUCAACUUUACCUGAAGACAGAUUAUAUAUUUGUAAUUAUUUAAAACGUAUAUAUAUUCAAACGAUGUCAGUUGACGACUAUAUUAAAACGAAAUGUUAUUUUUUCUUCUGUUAGUUAUUUAAUAAAUAUUUAUUGCACGAAGUACUUUACUUUGAUCAAAUGAAAUUCACUUACCAUCGUGAUAACAUAAGCAGAAUGACUGUAAGUGUUAUGUAAUUGUUUAAACCAAACAAUGGAAUUUGAUCUCGGAUUUAAGUACAAUGUGUGAAUACCAAGUUCGAUGCAAUGAAUUCAAUUUACAGUUUUUAAUAUGAUAUUUGAGCAUUAACUGAAUAAUGCACCUUUUUCGUUACAAAGGUUUUGAGAACCAACUUAUAUCCGACUUUAUACUUUUGUGAA